GCUCAAGUGAAAGAAGGAAGGAAGCAAAGCGCUCAGUGUGGAGCUGUCAGUAAAAGUAGUUGUAGCGACAGCAAGGGAAAGCCCAUAGAUAGAACAGUGUGUCCAGUUACAGUCUGACCGCCUCUCCUGCUCAGUGGCAAAAGACAGUACGCGUGGAAAUACAUUGGAUUGAAUAGGCAUAUACUUUGGAUAGAGAGGAAUAACGUUGCUUUUUGACUAUGGCUGAUGUCACGCAAUUCAACGAGGGGACCGGGGACUUCGCGAAAGGGUUUGCUCGUAAAGGAGCUUUGAGGCAGAAGAACGUCCAUGAAGUGAAGGACCACAAAUUCACUGCAAGGUUCUUCAAGCAGCCGACUUUUUGUAGCCACUGCACCGACUUUAUCUGGGGAUUUGGAAAGCAAGGAUUCCAGUGCCAAGUUUGCUGUUUCGUGGUCCACAAGAGGUGCCAUGAGUUUGUCACGUUCUCCUGCCCCGGUGCGGAUAAGGGUCCCGACACAGACGACCCCAGAACCAAGCACAAGUUUAAGAUCCACACCUAUGGCAGCCCCACCUUCUGCGACCACUGUGGCUCUCUCCUGUAUGGUCUCAUCCACCAGGGGAUGAAGUGUGACACCUGCGACAUGAACGUGCACAAUCAGUGUGUGAUGAACGUGCCCAGCAUGUGUGGGACGGACCACACCGAGAGGAGGGGACGCCUCUACCUGAAGUGUGACAUCACAGGGGACAAGCUGCAGGUCACAGUGGGCGAAGGGCGAAAUUUGAUCCCCAUGGACCCCAACGGCUCGUCUGACCCUUACGUCAAGCUCAAGCUCAUCCCAGACCCCAAGAAUGAGACCAAGAAGAAGACCAAGACCAUCCGUGCCAACCUCAACCCCACCUGGAAUGAGUCUUUCAUAUUCAAGCUGAAGCCUACAGACAAGGACCGCAGGCUGUCUGUGGAGGUGUGGGACUGGGACCGGACCACCAGGAACGACUUCAUGGGCUCCCUGUCCUUCGGCGUGUCAGAGCUGAUCAAAUCGCCUGUGUGUGGCUGGUACAAGAUGUUGAACCAAGAGGAGGGCGAGUACUACAACGUGCCCAUCUCAGAGGAGGAUGACGGAAACGAGGAGCUCCGACAGAAGUUUGAGGCAAAGGACAAAGCCAACCAAGUUCAGAAAGCCAAGCUGGGCCCUGGUACUAAGAAGGUGAUUGCUCCAUCAGAUGACAGCAGGUCCAAUCUGCCCUCUAACAACCUGGACUCUGUCAAACUCACCGACUUCAACUUCCUGGCCGUGCUGGGGAAAGGCAGCUUCGGCAAGGUGAUUCUGGCAGAGAUGAAGCCCACAGAGGAGCUGUACGCCAUCAAGAUCCUGAAGAAGGACGUGGUGAUCCAAGAUGAUGAUGUGGAGUGUACCAUGAUAGAGAAGAGAGUCCUGGCCCAGCAAGACAAACCACCCUUCCUCACCUCACUCCACUCCUGCUUCCAGACCGUGGACCGGCUGUACUUUGUCAUGGAGUAUGUGAAUGGGGGAGACCUCAUGUACCACAUCCAACAAGCGGGCAAGUUCAAAGAGCCACAGGCAGUGUUCUAUGCAGCAGAGAUCUCUGUUGGCCUGUUCUUCCUGCACAAGAAAGGAAUCAUUUACAGGGAUCUGAAGCUGGACAAUGUGAUGCUGGACUCGGAGGGCCACAUUAAGAUCGCUGAUUUUGGCAUGUGUAAAGAGAACAUAUACGAGGGAGUGACCACUCGCACCUUCUGUGGGACGCCCGACUACAUCGCCCCAGAGAUUAUUGCAUACCAGCCAUAUGGGCUAUCAGUGGAUUGGUGGGCAUAUGGAGUGCUGCUCUACGAAAUGUUGGCAGGACAGCCCCCGUUUGAUGGUGAGGACGAGGACGAGCUUUUCCAGUCCAUCAUGGAGCACAACGUGUCGUACCCCAAGCAAAUGUCCAAAGAGGCCGUGUCCAUCUGCAAAGGGCUGAUGACCAAACACCCGUCGAAGCGUCUGGGCUGCGGCUCCGAGGGAGAGAGGGACAUCCGGGAGCACGCCUUCUUCAGACGCAUCGAUUGGGAACGUCUCCAGAACCGCGAGAUCCAACCCCCCUUCAAGCCCAAAGGGUGCGGCAAAGGGGCGGAGAACUUCGACAAGUUCUUCACGCGCACCCAGCCCCAGCUCACGCCCCCCGACCAGCUGGUCAUCGCCAACAUCGACCAAGCUGACUUCUCAGGCUUCUCCUUCAUCAAUCCCCAGUUCAUGCACCCCUCCCUGGUUUCCCUGCACACCGUAUGAGGAGGAGGGGGGGGGGACCACGGACCCCCCUUCCUACCUCCGCUACCUACCUAGUACUAACCUUCCACCAACUGCAGCUUCUUGGUCCAACGUUACAACAACAACGUGGACGCUGAUAUCGACCACCAUUUUGAGUUCCUCUAUCAAUGUAUUAAUGAUGUGUCCUAUAGGAAUGGGACUUGGGGCUCUGAGUGAGAGGAGUUGGUGAGUGGAAGUGCUGUGUGUUUAUGGUGAGGGGGAGGAUGAAGGUUUGAGGAAGGAGAUGUAUGUAGGGUUGAUAUACUUUCCCACCCACCUGUUGUGUUUGUAUUCGAAUGGGCAAUUAUUUUAAAUCAACUCCUAUUGAAAUUAAUCAUGAUAGGUAUUGAAAUGAAUCAUGAUAUGUAUUGAGAUGACUGACCUGUUGUUUUGAAUGUGUGGGGACAAAACCCAUGAAACAAUGCCAGUUUUUUAAAAACUGAUUCUAGAACGAAGGGUUAACGUCUUGUUAUACCCUGUACUGGCUAUACUAGUCUCCAUUGAAACCCAAGGGAACUACAAACGUAAUCUCUUGUUUUGAGAUAUUGGGUCAGAGUUUGAGCCAAAUAUGAGGUCAGUACAGGGAGACUCUGUUUACAGUCCUACCUUGUGUUGGUGAGAUUUUAUUUCAAUAUGUGUCAUAACAGGUGCCCCUAUGUUUCAAUAUGCAUCAAAUAAUACACACCCAGUACGAAUAUCAUGACACACUAACAAUAACACACACCUACAGAUGUAGGCUCUUCAUUUGAUCACCCUAUUGCAGGAAAACUUUCCUGCAUUGCAAACUAAAAAGUGUAAUGUAUUUGACGUUUAGGCUUUUGAAGUCUAAUUUCCACUUAGAAAUGUCAGACUUUAUUUUCCCUUAAGAAAAAUGUAUCACCCCCUUUAAAAACAAGGCUAUUAAUUAUGAUCCACCUAAUAAUUCACAUUUCCUGUAGCUGCAGGAUUAUUUUCCUGCUGUAGCAAACUGGCUCAAAUUAAGACCGUGAAUCUGUACACACAAAUUACAGUUACACAGGGAUAUAUUGAACCUUGAACUACAGGUUGUAUGGUUAUCUUGUCAUUAGGUUUACAACUGUGAGUGGACAUUCAGACAGAACGCAGUAGAAGUUCUGGUUAGAGGAAGUAGGCAGUGCAACAGUCCCAUCUUCUUUAAACACCAACACAAGAAUCGCAGGUUAACAGAAGUAUAAAGGUCGAGAUCAAGUAACACUACUUUGCUGACAACCUUUUUACUAUCCUCCCAACUUUGUUGUCACUGUUUGCCCACUUAUCAAAAAUGGCCAUGAUUCUCUUUGACGUGAGGAAGUCCUUCAAAGUUAAGUUCCUGAGGGAAAAUUCUUGAGGAUUUAGGAAGGAAAUGACCGAGAACUCUGUUUUUUUUGUUUGUUUGAGAGGUAGCAACUAAAUGAAAUUGAUGUUGAGUUAUUGUUUGCUUACUCUAUGAACCGUGCAGUAUUAUUGCAUGCUUAUACCCUUCUACAUGGAUAUAACACCAUUCUAACCAUGUUGACUAGAGUAUCACAUUAUUAAAACGUUUAGUUCCCUUUUCUGCUUUAAUGUGGUGUCAUGCAUCCCCCCAAUUAGUUCUAAUUAAUAUUUUUAUGUAACACAUACCAGUGUAUUAACUCUUUUGUAAAUAUUCAUGCGUGAUUUAAAAAAAAAAAAGGAUAGUAUCUCGCAGUUUUUAUACCAACAACUGAAUGUGAUUUUAUUACGUUAGAUAGGUUAACAUAUUUCUAUGUAAAAAACAAAAAAAGUACCCCAAAAUAUAAACUUUGUAACGAUUAGGUAAUAAAGUCGGUCGGGAUUAGCAAACCGAGAGAAACAUCUGGACGUAUUUUGCAGAUAUUAUCAAGCGUUUUCCGUUUGCUCUCAUCUCAAUCGCACGUAUCCGAUGUUCUUGAAUGCGAUCGUUGAGUGAGUUGACUGAAUGUGUGCCUGGCUCUUGUAUCUGCAUGUUGUUGGUAGGGAUGAAAAAAACGUGAUCAUGAUAUAAAUGCUGCAUGAUACUCAGUACCAGUAACCAGGCCACUGGUCAGACAGCAAGGAGUCUCCGCCCAAACACAGAUCCAGGAUCAGCUGAACCGAAGCCAUUCACAAUUAGGAGACUAUGGGCAAAUCUGACUCCAGAUAUGCGGUUUGGGGAACUCUUAAAGACGUCUCUGUACUAGACCAGCGGGACAACUUGCUCUCUAGUGUGAAGGGGUUUUGUUUCUUCUUAUCUUUAGUAUUUGUUCGUAUAAAAAAAUUACAAUUUACAUAAUUAUUUUGUUGUUUUUUGGGGGGUUAUAGAUUCUGCUCAAGUAAUUCAGGAAUGUUUCUCGGAAUUAUCACCAUAAGAAUUCAUAUCUUCACAUCUAACUGUUGAUGGAUUUAUACAAUUCCCUCGACUUUUGCUCCUUUUUUGCUCCUUUUCCUAACCUUGUAACUGUGCCAAUCCUGAAAUAGCCAGAACCCGACAAUAGCAGCGUUGCACUAGCUGUAGUCAUACCAAUGACACGUCAUUACCGAAGUCUUGUCAGUACAAAAAUCUUGUCAAUACCGAUGAGUACAGAUGUCUCUCCCUGGUAGACUCUUAGUGAUUAGUCCAAGAGAGCGUGCCAACGCCACAUAUCACAACGUCUGUCCGACCCAUGUGCUUCUCGCUGAAAAUAUGUAGCUAAGGGAAUGCUAAUUCAAAUAAUGUCGACUUGAUUCUGAUGCCAGUCAAUUUGGCAGUCGAGGGAGUUCUUGUAGUUUUUUUAUUUUUAUGUCACGUUAGUAGCCUACACCUGCGUGUGCGUUUGUUUACCUUUGUGCUUUAUAGCCGGGCAGCAGUAUGACGCUUCUGCAACACCAUGCCUGCUUACCCCUUACCUUACCUCUCUGUGCCUAUCAGUCAGUGUGUGUGUUUACAUGUGUGUGUAUGUGUGUGAGAGAGAAGGAAGGAAAGCAUAAAUGGGUGGUUGAUGAGUGAUUGGGUGAAUAAAUGAGUGUGUGUGGUUGAGUGAAUAAUUGGUCAGUGAACAACCCCGUUCCUCCUAUUGGCCUGUUAAACCCCCUAUCUGGGUAGCUCAUCUCCUCUGUUCAUCUUUCCAUUCCUCCCCCCUUUCUCAGUGCCUGGGCAAUCGAUCCAUUCUCUUAUUGACAAAGCCCUCAUCCCUUCUCCUUCAAGAUCCAAUCAGUUCAUGACAGCAGUUUUGUGUGAGAAACUCACCUGCCCCUUCCCAUCCUCCCAAAACACACUGGGGAGAGAAUUGGUUCGUUUUCACCUUCGUUUACAUCCUGUGUUAUAUUUUCCUUUGCCUUAGCUCCUACGCGUGCGUCCCAAAUGGCACCCUAUUCCCCAUACAUUGCACUACUUUUGUCUAUAGAACCUAGUCAAAAGUAGCGCACUAUAUAGGGAAUAGGAUGCCAUUUGAGAAACAGUCAAGUCUCUAACCUCUCCCCCAUUCUCUGUUGAUUCAUGUCCAAACCAAGCGCUUCUUCUGUCCCUGUACAUAAUGAUUUAGAUAUCUACAUAGACUUGUAAAAGAAAGAAUAUAUUGUAUUUUGCAAAUGGUGUAUGUUCGUCCUCCCCAAAACCCUUUGAAAGCGAGUCUGGGCUACUUACCUUGUAAUCAAUAGUGUCAUUUGUACCUACUGUAUGAUAAUGCAAAUAAAAAAUACAAAUAAUGGCUA